UGUUGUUUUGAGUUUUGACCGUUCGGUUCAUCACUUCAUCCCUAAUUUCUCAACAAACGCCCACACUCCUCCACAUGGGAGGAUUCUGAAGUUUUCUUUCUCCUCCACAACGCCAAUCCAAGAUUCCUCAGGUUCCUGCAUGGUGCCAGCAUCUCUAAUGCCAUCAUGUGGCUGUCCUAAUAACCUUUCUACCAUUGGAUGUUCGAGUACAAAGAUCUCAUCUGUCGGGUUUUCUUCUGACCGAUUAAGAACUUCAUUCUCUUUUCGAAAGACAUUAUAUGCUCGGUUUUGGAUCUUCCACCUGACACAACCUUUUUUCCUCAAGAAUCCUAAGAGAAGUAUGACAUGGCGUAUAAGAAGCAACACAGAUGGCAGCGGCUUUAAUCCCUCAUCGACAAAUAACAACAGCAACGGUACCAGACUCAUAAGGGCAAUACAAGCAUUUCAGACCAAACUAACUACAAGAAUUAAAGAGCUAAGGAAAGAUCUUCCGAUGAAACUACUAUUUUUCUUGACGGGUUUUUAUUGUUCAACGGCUUUCGCAACGGUUAUAGGGCAAACGGGUGAUUGGGAUAUUCUUUCUGCCGCCUUGGCGGUGGCUGUCGUGGAAGGAAUAGGGGCCCUUAUGUACACGGAUGCGUUUCCUUUAUUCAACAAGGUAACUUCAUUAAAAACCUACAAAGGACAACAUACCGACAAGUGUUAACCAACAUGCUUGCUGCCUGCUGAUCACCUUCAGUUUCUGAAGUCGUUUCAUUUGCUUGUUGGAUUUUACGUUUCUGCAUCAUGUCAAUCUGUGCGAGACUUGUCCAACGGCGUUCAUCUAUAGAACUUAAAGCACGAGACUGAUCAACCUUUGCAAAAUAGAAAUCCCGCUCCUUUUUAGCUGCCGACAGUUCCAGUGCUAGUUUUUGCUCCCUAGUUGCAUUCUUAUAUGCUGUAUUACAAGCAGUCGAGAUGUCUAGUUAAUAUUACAAAAUCACUGCUUAAAUUGUGGUAAAACAGAUUAUUGUACAUGGUUCUACUAUUUGAUGCGAGUAAUCAUUGUUGAGAAUUUGGUAAAGGACUUAAUUAUGUUCAUACCAAUCUCUUCUGUGAGAUGAUCCCAUUUGAAUUUACUCAA